AUGACCACGGGCUCUGAGCCUCUGGUGGGGAGCAGCAAGUCCUUUUCUGCAGCCAAGAGGCACAAGAGCAUCCGCAAAACCUCCAGGAGGAUUUAUUCAGCCUACCAGGACCACCAGGAUGGCUCCUCGGAGGACGAGGGUAAAGACGGGGAGCGGGUGGACAGCAAUGACCCCGAGGAAAUGUUCCAGAACAUCCAGUACCAGAAGGAGAUCAUCGCCAACAUCAGGACCAGACCCUGGCCGAUGAGACGCAAGCUCAAAGUCCUCAAGCAGGCUAGAGAGAUUGUCCUGGGCUACGAGGGCCGGCUGACGAGAACCAGAGGCUACCAGACCGCCGGAGCUGAUCUGCUGAAGAAGCUGUCCCGACUGCUCUACAACGUCGUCGUGCUCUUCAUUCCCUGGGAAGUGAGGAUCAAGAAAAUUGAAAGUCACUUUGGCUCGGGCGUGGCCUCCUACUUCAUCUUCCUUCGCUGGCUGUUUGGCAUCAACAUCGUCCUCACCAUCAUGACCGGAGCCUUCGUCGUUCUCCCAGAGCUUCUGGCUGGAGCACCGUUUGGAACAACCAGAAGUAAAACCAUCCCCAAAGAGCACCUGGCCUCGGCUCAAGACCUGGACACCAUCUGGUCUCUCGGGGGCUACCUGCAGUACUCCGUCCUGUUUUACGGCUACUAUGGUCGCUUGAGGAAGAUUGGCAGUGCGGGGUACCGGCUGCCUCUGGCCUACUUCCUGGUUGGGAUGGCUGUCUUCGCCUACAGUUUCAUCAUUCUGCUACGGAGAAUGGCCAAGAAUUCCCGUCUGAGCAUGGCCAGCGCCUCCGACGAGAACUUCACGUUCUGCUGGAGAGUUUUCUGUGCCUGGGAUUACCUCAUCGGAAACCCAGAAGCUGCAGAGAGCAAAGGAGCUGCCAUCGUCAACAACAUCAGGGAAGCCAUCGUUGAAGAGCAGCAGAAGAAGAAGGAGACCAGCUUGGCGGUCCUGAUCAGUCUGCGGAUCCUGGCCAACAUCCUGGUGCUGCUGUCCCUGGCCGGCAGCAUCUACAUCAUCUACUUUGUGGUGGACCGGUCCCAGAAAUUGGAGCAGGAGAAGCCGGAGCUGACGCUGUGGGAGAAAAACGAGGUGAGUGUGGUGGUUUCCCUCAUCACCAUGAUUGCCCCGUCUGCCUUUGAGCUGGUGGCUCAGCUGGAGAUGUACCAUCCGAGAACGUCACUGCGAUUCCAGCUCGCCAGAGUGCUGGUCCUGUACCUGGGAAACCUCUACAGCCUCAUCAUCGCCCUCCUUGACAAAGUCAACAGCAUGAGCUCUGCUAUCCAGGUGAGUCCUGGUAACUGGACGGACUCCAGCUCCUUCCUGGCCACCAUCGCUCAGCCCGAGGCAGAUACCCCCUCAACACUGAUGUCAGAGAUCUCAGAACAUCACAACACCACCGUAGCAACCAUCACCACGGUGAGCUUCACCAGCAGGAGCAGCUCCAGGACCUUCUACAACCAGACGGCUCUGUUUGAGAAGACGGCCCGUUCUCAGCAGGACCCGUGCUGGGAGACCUACGUGGGACAGGAGAUGCUGAAGCUUUCCAUCAUCGACAUGAUCUUCACAGUGGCCAGCAUCCUGCUCAUCGACUUCAUCAGGGGGCUGGUGGUUCGGUACCUGAGCGACUGCUGCUGCUGGGAUUUAGAGAGUAAAUUUCCUGAAUACGGAGAAUUUAAAAUAGCAGAGAAUGUCCUGCAUUUGAUCUACAACCAGGGAAUGAUCUGGAUGGGAGCGUUUUUCUCUCCUUGUCUUCCUGCCUUUAAUGUGCUGAAGCUGAUUGGUCUGAUGUACCUGAGGAGCUGGGCCGUCCUCACCUGUAACGUGCCCCAUCAGCAGGUCUUCAGAGCAUCCAGGUCCAACAACUUUUAUCUGGCAAUGCUGCUCUUCAUGCUCUUCCUGUGCAUGCUGCCCACCAUCUUCGCCAUCGUCAGAUACAAACCCUCCCAGCACUGUGGACCCUUCAGUGGACAGGAGAAGAUCUACGACAUAAUCUCCGAGACCGUAGAAAGUGACUUCCCGCUGUGGUUCAGCAUGGUGAUGAGUUACAUCACCAGUCCAGUGGUGGUGCUGCCAGCGCUGCUGCUGCUGUUCAUGCUCAUCUACUACCUGCAGGCCAUUGCCAGGUCGCUCAAAUUCACCAACAACCAGCUGAGGAUGCAGCUGCAGACGGAGCGUACUGAGGACAAGAAGAAGGUCUUCCAGCUGGCUGCAGCCAGACUCCAGGCUCCGGAGGCUGCAGCAGAAGAGCCGCCGGACCGGCCGCAGAGUGACGCCACCAGCCAGGAGGUGUCCGUCCACACCCCGUCCCCCAGACGCAACGGCAGCGUCACCAACUUCCAGUCCCCUGUUCACCAUGGCAACAGCAUCCGAACCAUCACCCAGUCGGCGUCCAGGGCCGACCUGAAUGCAGGAACUGGCUCCGUCAGGAGUCCAGCGGUCACAAUACUGCCCAAACGCGGGUCGGAACAUGCAACUAACAGCAGGCCUCGACCGUUUCCCGGUGGCUGCGGCGGUGCCUGCAGGUCCAAGCCCUCCCGCCAGACGGUGUACUAUUCUGACAGCAUCCACUCUGACCCCUUGUACAGGAAGACCGUCCGCUCUCUCCAUCCCGUGGAGUCCGCCGGGAUCAUUGCUGCUCAGAGCUACGGCGGGCGGCGCGGCCAGGCCACGCGCUACGUGAUCGUCAACGAGCGCGAACCCCGCAGGAAGCUGCUGCGCUCCACCACGCGCAUCCCGCGCCACUACGUGAUGGAGGAGCCUGCGGAGAUCCUGGAGCUGUACCCGCGCAACGUGAGGCGCUACGCCCCCCGCGCCGCCCACCUCCACCCGCAUCCCCAUCGCUCCCACACAUCCCAGCACCUCCUCCCCACCGCCGACGACGACGGACCGAGAACGGAGAGCAGGAGGACGUCGGUGGGGAAAAGCCAUCGGCCCCGCUCGCUCUCCGACCUCCAGCAGCAAACGCACUUCUACAUCGGAGACCACGUUGAUCCCACCGUCCACGGAAGACGUGAAGAUGAAGAGGACAAGGGGAAGAGAGGGGUCGACUGGAGAGAUCCGGAUGCACCUUGUCCGUCGCAGGAUGCCGUGAGAGCUGCCGAGCCUCUGGUUGUGCGAACGCGCCAUUGCGUCCAUUCCCCGGGCAGACCAGGUUUGUCCCAGUCCAGAACCAGACAAGCCGAGUCCUACGUGAAGCGCAAGUCCAGACCCAAGCUGGAGAAACCUCUGACGGAGUCGGACUCUGCGUCCGUGGCCUCCAGCAGCGACCAGCAGAACAGCAGCACCGACCAGUACAUCCAGGUGAUCCACAACAAGGAGCGCCACCUCAAGUCCGAAGGGCCCAGGCAGGACCGGCCGGCCAAGACCAAGUCCAGGACCAAUUUCGAGUCCAGCGAUCUCGUCUGCUCUAACGUCUGACCUUUUUGCUCAAACAAUGGGUUCUGGUAUUAGUCCUGGUGCAGCACUCCUUUGUAUUCAAAGCACAAAGAGAAUGAUCGUAGAUAGAUUAAGGCAGUGGUUCCCAACCUUUUUUCCUUGUUCCCCUCUACUUGUGUCUAAGACCAGCCGG